UGUAUUCUCCCCCGUAUGUUCCUCCACGCGUCAGUGAUGCAGUCGUCCCACCUUCACUUGUUUCCCAGCGUGUGAAGGGGUGGGGGUGGGUGCCUCAGCGUCACCCGAACAGCUACAGUGCUUUGGGAAAGAGUAGACCUACUUCGGCCCGCCGAGAGUGUCAAAACCGCCGCUUUUUCGUGCCUGUUUCUCGUGCUCGCGUCGCGCGCUCUUCAGCAACGCCGUGCCCGCGCUUUUGCGCGAUGCAGUGUGGGAAUGGCUGUGGCGCUGGGGUUGGCUGAAAGAGGCGGCCAGUCGAGGUUUAAUGUCCGCCAUGUUGGCCGUGGCGUACUGAGCAGACCAGGAGCGGCGAGGAGAGAAACCGGCACCCUAGCCUGGCCGCGCCACCCGGCGCCGCUGGGACCCGCCUCGGAGCGAGCCCCGCCCCGCCGCGGGAGCCCCGGUCCCUCCAUGAGAGCUCUCGGCGGGGUCCGGCUCUCAGCUCGGAGCGCUCUCGCUGCUUCCCCCCCCUUUUCCGGAGCAGCAGCAGCCGCCAUAGCAGUUGCAGCCGCCGACGACUAACAUGAGCAAACUGUCGUUCCGGGCCCGGGCGCUGGACGCGUCUAAGCCGCUUCCCGUCUUCCGCUGCGAGGACUUGCCCGACCUGGCCGAGUAUGCCUCGAUCAACCGGGCCGUGCCGCAGAUGCCCACGGGCAUGGAGAAGGAAGAGGAGUCGGAACAUCAUCUCCAGCGGGCCAUUUCAGCACAGCAAGUAUAUGGAGAGAAACGGGAUAAUAUGGUUAUACCAGUCCCAGAAGCAGAAAGUAAUAUUGCCUAUUAUGAAUCAAUAUAUCCUGGAGAAUUUAAAAUGCCAAAGCAGCUUAUUCACAUACAGCCUUUUAGUUUGGAUGCUGAGCAACCGGAUUAUGAUUUGGAUUCAGAAGAUGAGGCAUUUGUGAAUAAGCUGAAGAAAAAAAUAGAUAUCUCUCCUUUGCAAUUUGAAGAAAUGAUAGAUCGACUUGAAAAAGGAAGUGGUCAGCAGCCAGUCAGUCUGCAGGAAGCCAAACUACUCUUGAAGGAAGAUGAUGAACUGAUUAGAGAAGUAUACGAAUAUUGGAUUAAAAAGAGAAAAAAUUGCCGAGGCCCCUCUCUUAUCUCAGCAGUGAAACAGGAGAAACGUGAUGGGUCCAGCACAAAUGAUCCUUAUGUUGCAUUUAGAAGGCGAACUGAAAAGAUGCAGACUCGAAAAAAUCGAAAGAAUGAUGAAACUUCUUAUGAAAAAAUGCUUAAACUGAGGCGGGAUUUGAGUCGUGCAGUAACAAUUCUAGAGAUGAUAAAGAGAAGGGAAAAAAGCAAGAGAGAGUUGCUGCAUUUAACGUUGGAAAUUAUGGAAAAGAGAUAUAAAUUGGGUGAUUAUAAUGGAGAUAUCAUGUCAGAAGUAAUGGUACAUCAACAGCCUAUGAAGCCUACUUAUACUAUUCCUGUUGGAAUAGUUCCUAAUAGCACUCAAUUUAAACAUCAGGAAAAUAUGGAAUUGAAGGAAUUUAAAAUAAACAAGCAAGAGAAAGCCGAUGCUAUACGGCCGAAGAGAAAAUAUGAGAAGAAACCCAAAAUUGUACCUUCAUCGGCUGCUAUUGCUUCUCAGCAGACAGUUCCUGCUUCACUGCCAAUCUUUAAUGCUAAAGAUAUGAAUCAGUACGACUUUCCCAGCUCUGAUGAAGAUCCUCUUUCUCAAGUCUUUUCUGGCUCUUCUGAAGCUGAGGAAGAAAAUGAUCCUGAUGGGCCAUUUGCUUUCCGUAGGAAAACAGGCUGUCAGUAUUACGCUCCUCAUUUAGACCAAACUGGUGACUGGCCUUGGAAUACUCCUAAAGGUGGAAAGUUAGGAGAUGAGCGUUAUAGAUAUUGCUUGACCACCCUUACUAGGCCACAAAAGUGCAUUGGGUUUUCACGUAGACGGGUUGGACGUGGUGGAAGGGUGCUUCUGGACCGAGCAUAUUCAGAGAACAACAGUGCACUUUGCCAGCUGGAUUCAGAAACACCUUCCUUACAACUACACUCUUCAGUUAAUCAAAUUGCCAAUACCUCAGAAACAAAUACCUCGGACAGAUAUUUAUCUAAAGACCUCAGUCAGAUACUAGUCGAUAUCAAAUCACGUAGAUGGCGUCACUUUAGGCCUCGGACACCAUCCCUAAAUGACAGUGACAAUGAUGAACUUUCAUAUAGGAAAUUGCACAGGAGUGUUAAUCGAGCAGGCACAGCACAACCUGGGACCCAGACAUGCAGUACCUCUAUUCAAAGUAAAGAUAGCAGUGGUGCAGCACACUUUGCAUUUACAGCCGAACAAUACCAGCAUCAUCAACAACAACUGGCACUAAUGCAGAAGCAGCAGCUUGCACAAAUUCAUCAACAGCAAGCAAAUAGUAAUUCUGCGAACGCUUCACAGGGUUUUAAUUCCAAGACAUUGGAUUCUGUCAGUGCUCAGUUUGCUGCUUCAGCCUUGGUUACAUCAGAACAGCUCAUGGGAUUCAAAAUGAAGGAUGAUGUGGUGCUUGGAAUUGGGGUGAAUGGCAUCCUUCAAGCCUCAGGAGUAUAUAAGGGCUUACACUUCAGUAAUACUACGCCUACAGCACUUGUACAUACAAGCUCAUCAACAGCAGGUUCAGCCUUGUUACAGCCUUCAAAUAUAACACAGACUUCAAGUUCCCACAGUGCACUGAGUCACCAAGUAACUGCUGCCAAUUCUGCAACAACUCAGGUUCUGUUUGGGAACAACAUUAGAUUAACUGUACCCUCAUCUGUUGGCACUGCAAACUCUAUUAAUACGCUCAAUGCACGGCACAUACCUAGGACUCUAAGUGCUGUUCCAUCAUCUGCCUUAAAGCUGGCUGCAGCAAACUGUCAGGUGCCCAAGGUGCCAGCCUCAUCCUCUGUGGACACAAUACCAAGGGAAAACCAUGAAACAGAAAAGUCAGCACUGAACAAUAUAGCAGACAAUACAGUAGCAAUGGAGGUGACGUAGUUUCUGAGUAACGAAACUUCAGUCUUCGGGAACUUGUUUAGGUGCUAUGCAUCAGUAGCAAUUUGAAUGCAAGGGAUGUUGGAAUGCAGCAUAUUGUAUUUCCAUGGCAGCUGUGGGGACUUGACAGCAAUGCACAUCUCUCAUGCUUUGGUUUUUCUAUUCUUAUUGUUAAUAGGAAAAAAAUCAAUACCUGUAAAUUAAGACAACAGCAAUUAUCUGUACAGUACUGCAUAUUUGUAAUACCCUUGUAUAUAUGUUACUUGAAUACAGAACCGUUCAUUUGUGAUGCUUUGCACUUGGGACGGGGGGAGGGAGAAUUGCAACAAAGUAAGAGUGUAAGAAGUGAGAUUGUAUAAAGAUGAAGUGUCAUGACAUCAUGUGCAUGGUGCGGAACCUGCUGUUUUAUCUAUUUAUUGUGCUGUGUUUACAGUUUUUGUACACUGUACCUUCAUUGGUUCCUGUGCUGUAGUAAAUGUGUUAGGUAGCUGUGGA